AUGAAUUGCUUCAAACUGCACCAACCCCCACUAGACAGCGAGCACCAUCCAUUAGAGAUAAAAAGAGGCAGGAAACUUAGAAAGUCUAUUAAAAAUGUUUUGUGUUUCGCAAGUCUACUCCUUUUUACAACUAUUCUUCUCAAUGUAAUAUACGAUAAGUACAUUUCCAACGAACAGCUAGACAUAAGAUAUUCGGUCUUUAGAACUCUUCCGCUUCGCACUUACAGCAGAAUACAGGGCUAUGCAUGCAAGAUAUACGUGCCAUGGCCUCUGAACAUUCCCGUGCUUGGAGUUGUGCAAAAAGUGCUGCGAAUCUCUCUGAAAGAUGCCGAAAGAGAGUCUAUAGGAGAAUACACAUCUGUGAACGAUUUGUUCACACGAAAAAUAAAAAAAUCAUCUCGAGCAAUUGGAGAAGGAAUAGUUUCUCCUGCAGAUGGCACCAUAAUAUAUGCAGGGCACGCCGCAGAUAGCAUAAAAUGCCAGAUCAAGGGAGUGAACUACAAAAUAGAAGAGCUGCUCCUGAACAACGGCGUUCUAUCGAAUGUAAAAAAAGAAAACGAUCUUUUCCAAGUCGUGAUAUACUUAGCACCGUAUGACUACCACCGAUUCCACUCUUUCUACGAUUUUACUCUUACAAGCGUUAUACACGUUUCUUCUUUGCUUUUUUCUGUGGGAAAUCUUCCUAUGAAAUACUUCCCCGGCCUUCUCUCGAAAAACGAACGCGUUAUUUUUUCAGGUUUCUACGAGCACGGACAGUGCCACACAAUUGCAGUGGGGAGUGUCGGGGUGGGAAGUAUUUCCACCUCUGUAGCCAAGUUUAGAACGAACAAAGUGCUGUACAUGCGCAGUAGACCGGUUGAAGUGUUCAAACAGUACUAUGAAUACGCAAAGGGUGAUGAGCUUGGGCACUUCAACCUGGGCUCUACAAUCGUGUGUGUUUUUGAAGCACCCAAAGACUUUACACUGCACAAGACAAAGGGCGCUGUGAAGAUGGGAGAAACACUUGGCACAUGGAAGCCAGUAAAAACAAGCAAUCCUGCAUAG